AUGCACCCUCGCCCCGUCGUCCUCUCGCCGGCCACGCCCUCGGAGCUUCUCGAUUACAUCCUCGCCAGCCACACGCAUCCAACCACUCUCCUCGUCUGCUGGCCCAAAAAGCAAUUCCUCGACGCCCUCAUCCAGGACGUCAAGGACAAACUCGUCCCCCACGAUGGCCAAGACGACCAGCACCCACACCACGCCCUCCUUGGAGCGCCUCUCAUGCAGGUGGCCAUCUCCCGGCACAUAGCCAUGGCCUUUGUCCCCACCGUCACCCAUCUCCGCUCCUACCUGGCCGCCUUCUUUACCUGCGACUCCAAAGCCCCGCCGCCGCCCCUCGACGCGGCACCGUCGUUGUCGUCGGCCGGUCCUCAGCCGCCGCCACCGCUGCUCGUCUACGGCUUCCUCGAGUUACACCGCGAUGGCACCGAGUGGUCGGCGCAGGGCCUCAACACGUCGGCUGCCGGGCUUGUCGAGAGCGCCGCCAGGAACGGGCUGCGAGCUGCCAUUGUCGAGCCCAGGAAGACGGAGAGUCGGGACGAGCUGGAGGCGUCGCUUGGCGAGGGCGUGCCGAUCCUGAAUGGUAGUAAGAUGAGAGACGAUGGGACCUGGUCGGGACGGGUCGUCCCCGUGCGACGGGUCCUCGGGCGGUGGUUCGUACUGGAGGCACCCAGCGACAAUCCAGGUGGCGAGGCUGCGUAG